AUGUCGACCACAACGUCAUCACAACGUAAUAUUAAAUCAAGAUUACCAACUAGUAAUAGUAUAAAUAAUAUGGCAACAAAUGGAAGUGAAACAAAACCUAAUCGUAAUGGUUUAAAAAAGCCGUUAAGUGCAACAAAUAUUUUACAAAAUUAUGCAUCAUCAAGUACACUUAAUACUCGUUCGAAAAAAUCUACAGCAAUAUCAAAUAAUUUUCAUCAAAAUAAACCUACAAAACCAGUUACCAUUGAUAAAACAAAUAAUAAUAAUAAUAAUCAUCAUCAACAUAAUGGACAUUAUUUAAAUAAAAAGUCUCUUCAGAGUAUGUCCCAUUCUCCAUCACCACCAUUUGUUUUCCAUGCUAUUGCACCAGCUCCGGUAUCAAAAGAAAUUAAUGAACAAAAGUGUGAUAAUAAAUCUAUGUCAGAAGCAAGUCGUCGUAUAGCAAAUGUUCUUGCUCAUACUAGAAUAAAAACUAUGUCGAUUGCAGUAUCAAGUUCCUCAGAUGAAGAAGGUGAAUCAAGUGUACAUCGUUCACAUAAUCAAUCAUCAUCCAUUGAUUCAGAUGCUCAUGAAUCAGAUCAUGAAAUUAGUAAUAAUAAUAAUAAACAAACGAUAAAAAAUCGUCGUUUACAAAAAACUCGAAAAACAAGUGUAUCGACAUCAACAAAUAAUAAUAACAAUAAUAAUAAUAAUGGACAAUUAUCAAGAACUAAUGUACGUAAAGAUAGUCAACAACAACGAUCGAGUUCAAAUGAUGAUGACAAUAAUAAUAACAAUAAUAAUAAUAAUGAAAAAAAUAAUGUUAAUGAUGAUAAUAUUGUUAAUAAUAGACGAAUUAAAGGAUAUUCAUUAAAAAGACGUGAUCAUUUAGCUACAACAACAACAGACGAUGAUACAGCAAAACGUCGUCAUCGUUAUCAUCCAUUAGAUAUUCUCGAACAAAAUGGAAAAAAAUUUCCAUGUGAUUCAACGUGUUCAUCAUUAGCACCAACAGUUGCUACACCAACAAAUCAAGCACCAACACGAAAACCAAAUCGUUUUCAAAUUAAAUCUAUACGCAAAUCUCAACAACAACAAAUCCUAUUAGCAAAUGCAGCUGCUGCUAAGUCAUCAAAUGAUGAUGAUUGUUCUGUACCUAAUGAAGGAAUAAAAUUACCAUUUAAACCAUCAUUAAACGAACGAAAAAAUACAAAAACACCAACAACUGAUGGAGAAAAUUCAACAACAAAUACAGAUAACCCUGUUAAUGGUACACUAUCAGCUGCUAAGUUACUUGAAAAUGGUGGCGGACAUCAUCGUGUCCGUUUUCUUGUAACACAACAUAAAAAAACUGAAUCUGCUGCUGAAGAUGAAAGGUCAUCGGCUCCAACAAGUGCAUUACCAACAACAGCUCCUCCUUCAUCUGCAGCUUCAGCACAAGGAGAGGAUGAAGAAGAAGAAGCAGUUGCGAAAAGUCCUGAUAAUCGUUUUAUCAAAUAUGCUCAAGAAAUAGGACGUGGUGCUUUUAAAACUGUUUAUCGUGGUUUAGAUACAGAAACAAGUGUUGCUGUAGCUUGGUGUGAAUUACAAGAUUUUGCACAAUUUGAUAAGCAUGAACGAGCUCGUUUUAAAGAAGAAGCUGAAAUGUUAAAAAAACUUCAACAUCAAAAUAUUGUACGUUUUUAUGAUUUUUGGGAAGAAACAAAUCCACGAACAAAUAAAAAAGUUAUUAUUCUUGUUACUGAAUUAAUGACAUCAGGCUCAUUAAAAGGAUAUAUUCGCAAUUUUAAAGGGCAAAAAGAAGAAAAACGUAUUAAUGUCAUGAAAAAAUGGUGUCGUCAAAUACUUAAAGGUCUUGCUUAUUUGCAUAGUCGUAAUCCACCUGUUAUACAUCGUGAUUUAAAAUGUGACAAUGUAUUUAUAUCAAGUACAACAGGUUGUGUUAAAAUAGGUGAUCUUGGUUUAGCAACAUUUAAAACACAAACAUUUGCUAAAAGUAUGCGUGGUACAAUGGAAUUUAUGGCGCCUGAAAUGUUCGAUGAAAAAUAUGAUGAACUUGUUGAUAUAUAUUCAUUUGGUUUAUGUAUGUUAGAAAUGAUGACAGGCGAAUAUCCAUAUAUUGAAUGUAAAGGACCAACAGCUGUUAUAAAACGUGUUACAGCUGGUUUAAAACCUGAUUGUUAUUUUAAAGUCGAAAGUGAAGAUGUACGAGAAGUUAUUGAUUGUUGUAUACGUACAAAAAAAGAAGAACGUUUACCUGUACAUGAAUUAUUACAACAUUCGUUUUUUCUUGAUGAUAAUGGCUUACGUAUUGAUCUUGUACGAGAUACAUCAGAUGAUUCAUUAGUUACGACUAAAACAGAUAAAAUUGAUUUAAAAUUAAAAAUUGUUGAUAAAGCUAAACGUAAAGCUUUAUAUGCAGAAAAUAAAACAUCACCAACAGCUUUCGAAGCUAUACGUUUUUCAUAUGAUUUAAAUUCUGAUACACCUGAACAAAUAGCUGAUGAACUUAUUGCAAAAGAUUAUAUAUUCGAAGAAGAUAAAAAAUUUGUUAUACAAUCAAUAAAAGAUCGUAUACGAGCAUUAAAUUAUGAAAUACUUGAUCGACAAGCAGGUGUAUUUACCGGUCAUGGAAAACCAGUUAUUAAUCAAACACCUCAAGCAUCAGUUAUUGUACAACCACAACAACCACAACAGCAACAGCAGCAGCAGCAACAACAACAACAACAACAGGCAACACAGUGUAUACCUGUACCUCAAACGACGUUUACUCCUGCUGUUACACCAGCACCUGCAAUUAUUCAACAAACAUCAGCUGAACAACAACAACAAGCAAUAAAACCACCAGCAGAAGCUCCAGCAGUUAAACCAACAGAUCCAAUACCAAUUACUCAACUACCUGAACUGAGUCCAAAUAUACCUGGUUCAGCGGGUAGUCUUGAAGUACUUGAAGCAGCAUUGAAAAAAACGUUCAAUAAAAUGAAUACAUCUCAAGGUACUAAUACAACAUCGGCUAUUGUUAAUGAUACCAGUGAACCACCAACGCCGUUGAUCAAUCAAGAUGAUUCUUUGAUACCAAAAUCAGGAAGUCAUAUUAUCGUUACUGAACAACAACAACAACAGCACACAGAAGAAUCUGGACUACCCAGCACUAAUGAAUCCUCGACAAAUGUUCCCCAAUCAUCUAUUCCACCUGCUUUACAAACUCAAUCUCAAUCCACCACAGCAUUACUAAAUCAACAACAACCAAUAUUACAAAAUUCUCAUAUUCUAACUCAUUCUUCUCCAAAUUUUUCAUAUUCAGCAAUGCCUGCUUCUCAGCCCAUUAAUACUACCAUUCCAAAUGAUGCUAAUAAACAAAUCAUAUCUCCCCCUCCUCCUCCUCCUCAUUCUCUUCCUCUUCUUCCCCCUUCUUCUUCUACUUCAACGACGACCGAAACUAUUGAAAAUAGUCAUACGUCUAUAUCACCUUCUCCAACACCAUUAUCUGUUCCCUAUGCAAGUGAAAUCGUACAAUCAUCAAAUACGUCAGAUACUCAACCACAAAUAUCGGGCAGUUUACAACAACUGGAAGUUCUUCUUAUGAACACAUUUAAAAAACCAACUAAACCAACUGGUACUGCUCAUAGUAGUGACGGUGAAGCAACAAAUACUAAUAUUCCAGCAACAUCAUCUACUUCACUAACAAAUAAUGAUGAUAAAAAUGAAAUUGAAACAAUAGCAAAUGACUCAUCUAUGACAAUCGAUGAUAAAACUCGUAAAUCUAUUGAUAUAUUUAAAAACUCAAAUUUAAUUCCUCAACAAACAGUUACAAUUCCACAAGUAUUAAAUGAAUCAACACAUUUUGAUCCAUUAAUAUCAACAGAUAAUGGUAAUUUACAAGAUUUAGAAACACUUCUUAAAAGUACAUUUCAAAAAUCUCCUAUUAUCAAUAAUGAUAAUAUAAGUACAUUAUCAACACAAAUCUCAACAACAAAUGAUGAUGUAUCUGAUUUAAAAUCUGUGAUUAUGAAUUUCAGUACAACAUUAUUAAAUAAAAUGAAUAUAAUUGAAACAAAAAUAGAUGAUCAUUGUUCUCAAACAAAAAAAAUUAAUCAUAUAUUAACAAAUACAAUAUUACCAUCAUUACUUGAUUUAACUGAUAUUAUUCAAGAAACAUCAUCAUCAUCUAAUCUCGAUAUAGGUAUAAGAACUAAACUUGAAAAUAUUCAAACACGUUUACGUACAACACAACAACAACAACAAACUGAAAUGAAAAAUUUAAUGGAUAUUUAA